GAAAAAUUAGAGAUUGGGUAUUUUAGUAUUCAUUUUUAAAACAGUUUUUGCCCUGAUUUUUAUACUCUUUUGCUUUUUGUAAAAUGUCAGCAACUCCAAAACAUGUAAAAGAUGUGUACAGUUUAGUUUCCAAUAAACUGAAGUUUGUAAAGAAACCUACAAGUGAUUUACUCGAAACACAACAGUUAUAUCAUGAUGAAGUGCUUGAGAUAUUUCGAGAAGCUUUUGAUACUGUUAUUACAAGUUCUGUGACAUAUUCAAGAAUAUUAGAGAAAAUUAAAGAAGCAUAUGAAAGUGCAAUCAAAAUCAGAGAUAACCGCAUCGCAGAAUUCAUUACACAAGAUCUAAAAGACGAUAAGUUCUCUGACUACAUAUCGCUGAUGCGCGAGCGGGACGCGCGCUACACGCUGUACUUCGAGAACCUGGCCCUGCAGCUGAAGCUUAAGGAGCUGGACGGCGGCGCGGGCCCCCUGGACGACGCCUACGGGGACCCCGUCGUGCUCAGGAUAGCGCUGGAUCGUUGCAGAGAGCAGCUGUCCUCUACCCAACGUGAGCUGAAGAAGAUGACGGAUGAGUACGCGGAGACGGUGCCUCGGCGGGAGCACGACAGCCUGACGGCGCAGUUCCACGACGCGACAAAACAGGCGAAUGCCUUGAAAGCUGAACUGCAAACUAUUCACGACACGUAUAAACGUGUGCUGGAUUUGUCAACAGCAUUGAAAAAGAGCGUAGAAGAGGAGCUAGUUGAAGUCAAAGAACGAUGUAACGAGCUGGAGCGUGCUGGCACGCCGCGCCCACAGUGGGAGCUCUGCGCCGACUUCAUCGGCGGGGGACGAGACAGGUGGUGGCAGCUGGCAAGCGGACUAUCAUCACGGGAUAUCCUUCGUGUGUUGCUGAAAGAACUAGGACCAGCAGCAGAAAGCGAACAACUGGAACACUUCGAUGGCCUUGGUAUGGACCCCAUGAUACCGCCAUACUUGCGCUACGAAGGCAAAGUCCGUAACUUGCGUCUGUCUCGGCGGGAGAUCAGCGUGAUCAUAAACGACAUCUGGCUCGGCAAACUGGAGCAUGGUCAGGGGUUGUCCAUGCAGUACUAUGUCACCAAGUAUUUUGAAGACAGGUACCAACAGCCUUCAGUCCGCGCCGAGUGGGCGUACAACCUGUGCGCCGGCGCAGAGCAGAUGCUAGACGAGCCGCAGGUCAAGCUGUUCUGGGGCGUGGUGCACGGCCACCUCAGCGAGCACAUCUACCUGAGCCACCGGCGGCAGUGGCAGGCGCUUAGGGACCACUUGUAUCGGCAGAGCAAGGAUAAGGAGACCGUAACCCUGGAGGAGUUUGAGAAAGUGUCCAAGUCGGUGUUUCCGCUGAAGAGUGACGUGGACAUCAAAAACAUGGUGGACGUGGUCCGCAAGCAACUCAAGCUCAAGAUCAACUGCAACGAGGUCAACUUGGACAAGCUGUUCCAAGAGAACGAAGAAGGCUUCGACCGCUUGGAGCUGGCACGCGAGCUGUACCGGCAACGGCAGCUGGCACAGGACAAGUACAUCCGCGAGGUGGUGGCCGAGCUGGGCGGCCGCCACGCCGCCGCCAAGCCCGUCACGACUGAACAGCUCAAGCGGGCCUUCGCCAUCGUCGACCCCGCCAUAGACCACAUCCGCAUGGAGCGCUACGUGCGCUGGGCCUUCGGCGAGGGCGCGGACGCGGCGCCGCUGCCGCUGCGGUCCGUGGCCGCGCGCCUGGCUGCCGGCGACGUCGAGCGCGCCGGAGCCCGCUACCGGGACAAGCGACGCGUUAACAAGAUCCAUUGAAUAUAAGUCUAUUUUGUAUUA